ACAAGAUCAUUUGGAUAUUUCUUGUUUAUGAUCAUAUUUUUUUGAAACAAGGACAGUGCUUAUUCAUAAUGAUACAGUAGAUCUGAAUCAAAACAUAACCGAGCAAAUUUUUUAUGUACAAGAACAUGACUUGAUUCGUUUGUUGAUUGGAUUGUGAACAUGGAGCAUGGGAAGCUAGGAUAAAAAUAUCUGAAUUUAAAAAUGAAACUCGUGAACGGUGUAGUUUUGAUAUGGUUGGUGAUCUUAUUUGAUGAUUGCUUUGCUUCUUGGAAUGCACAUAACUACUGGAACAGUAGACACGGGGAUCACAUGUUCGUGAAAUAUGCUGAGGUGGACACAAAGCACGUUCUAUGGUCAGACGAUCCAACCAAUGGUCACUAUGGAUACGAUCAAGACCUCAAUAAAAUUCCCGGGUGUGCGGGUUGUAAAUGUGUCGCAUGGAAGGGAGGUGAGGUCAAAGACUGCACGGGACCUUCAAUUUUAAUAAACAAGAUAAAGAACAUAAGUUUAGCUGUCAAUGCAUUCACAAAUACACGUAUUUCAGAAAUAACAAUUGUGAAUUGCCCUGAUCUCAUCAAGUUAGAUCCUAAAAUCUUUACGAAUCUAACGUCUCUUGAAACACUAAAAGUUGUGGACAACAAUAUAGAGAUCAAUACUGUGAACCACAAAGUCGGAUCAUUUCCCAGAACCUUGACACACGUGGCGCUGAUGGAGAACAAGAUUAAAAGUCUUCCAGAUGGGACGUUAAGUAAUAUCCCUGGUUUAAAAUUCAUUGGCCUCAAUGGUAACAAGAUGAAAAAUUUUCCACACAGAGCACUGACAAAUCUACCAAGUCUGAUAUACUUGGGGAUAAGUGAAAAUAUGAUCAAAUCGAUCUCUACGGCACACAUGCGGGUAUUUCAAGCCACAGAUCUGCAGCAUUUAAACCUGAGCAACAACCAUCUGACGUAUAUACAGCCACAGGCGCUUACAUUAAUUCCAAAAUUACAAAUACUUGAACUACACCAUAACAACUUAACAAGACUUGAAGUGGGAGUGAUAGAUAAUCUCAAAGAUCUUCUUCAUCUAGAUAUAAAUACUAACAAAAUAAUGCAGUUAAAUAGCCUAGCAUUGACCAACUUGCCAAAACUGAGAACAUUACGACUGCACUCCCAGAAACCUGGAAUGUCUUCAAUUAUGUUUGAUGCAAUAGAAAAUAUUGGCCAAGAACUGUUGCAUCUAUGGAUCAGUGACAACAAGUUUGUUCAUUUUCCACAUCAAGUUUUGUCUGAAGACACCUAUCCCAAGUUAGAUGAGGUCUAUGCGGACCAUAAUUCAAUCAUUAAUGUGACAACUUAUGGUAUUGAAGCAUACACUCCCCUAAGCUACGUAGUCUAUUACCAAAAGUUGAAAACACACAUUCCAUUCUCCACCCUCAGUUCAGUUAGGAUUAUGCACUUAGGAUACAAUUCUAUCCCUGCAUUGAAUAGAACAGAUUUGGAUGAACUUACGUCUUUAACGGAGCUCCAUCUUUCAAACAAUAAACUCAGAAACGCAACACUUCACAAAGAUGCUUUCAAUGCAUCAAGGGAUCUGAGACUAUUGGACCUAUCACAAAAUCUUUUUGAAUACGUACCUGACGCAAUACGAUCUGGGGACCGCCUUCCAUCAAUUCGGCGUCUGCGAUUACAAGCGAAUCGCAUCACCUUUAUAGAAUCAUGGUCCUUCAGAAAUCUUACAACUCUCUCGGAUAUAAAUCUGGGAUCCAACCGCAUUAUUACAAUAGAAAAUGAGAGUUUUCCAGUCGGGAUCAAAUUAAUUGUGCUGAGCAAUAACAAGUUCCGAUUCCUACAUAGCGGACCAUUCAGGGAUCUAGAGAUGUUGUAUCAGCUGCAACUAGACAGUAAUCAGAUAAAAAUCAUACCUAAUACUGCAUUCCAUGGAUGCAUUCGAUUGAAUUCAUUAGGAUUAUCUAGCAACAAAAUAGGACGACUUCUCAAAACCCACUUUAAGGAUACGCCUCUCGUCAGUAGUAUAAGUGUUCGGAACAACGAUAUAGCAUUCAUAGAGGAUGGAACCUUUGAUCACAUACCCUAUAUUAAUGUAAUGAACUUUGGCAAUAAUAAGCUUACAGCCCUGCCAAUAGGAAGUUUUCAUCACAAGCGGAUAUCAUCAUUGUAUUUUGGGCAGAAUAGGAUUACCUCAGUCCCACCGAAUACAUUCCUCAACGUGACUGGCUCCACAAGUGUUGGGUUUGGCAACAAUAUGAUAUCAGAAAUCGAAGAGGACGCGUUCAUUGACUGUACAUUCGGAAAUGUAGCCUUUGGUCAGAAUCCAUUGAAAGAACUUCACACAUCAGCGUUUCAAAAGUUGUCUGCCACACGGUUGCACCUGGAGAAUUUAGAAAUAAAGCGAUUGAACUCAGGAACCUUUGACGAUGUGAAUGUAAACGAUUUGCAUUUAGAGAAUAAUGAUAUAGAGACUAUAGACAUAGAAGCGUUCCUCAAACUCACGGUCAACAAUCUGUAUCUUCAUAGUAAUAAAAUGAAGUUCAUAAACGGCAAGAUAUUUGGAGGCGGAUCCAAGAUUAAUGGACGUCUGGAACUGAACAACAAUCUGUUGACAUUCAUACCUCCAGACGCUUUCGCUGACGCAACAAUCAAGACAAUCGAUUUAAACGACAACAAGAUCCUUGUGUACCCGGGCCAGGCAAUGUCAACGCAGCGUUUUACUCAAGUGACCAUUAGAAGGAAUCGUAUUGAAGAUAUUCUACCUGGAGCAUUCACAGGCCAAACGCAGUUGCAAGUUUUGGACUUAUCCUAUAACAACCUGAAAGCUAUUUCAGACGGCAUUUUUACUCCCCUCGGUUCUCUGAUAAAUCUAGACAUGAGCUACAACAAGAUUCGCUACAUUGGAGAGAAUGCAUUUGAGGGUAACAAAAGACUGGUUAAUUUGAUGCUCCAAAACAACCGGAUCCCUUACUUCCCAGCAUUACCCUCCCUUAACACGCUAAACCACAUUGACCUAUCCGACAACAAUAUCGAGCCAUUGGGGAAGUUGGCCUUUUCUAAGUUAAAUCCAAAAAGGUUUACAUAUAUCACAUUAAAAGGCAAUAAACUCGGGUGUGACUGCUACACCUACAACACUAUGAAAGAUGUCGCACAGGCCGUUAUGCAGGGGGAGUGUUUUACGCCAACCACUACAAAGGGAUACACAUUUUCGUUUGCUAAGAGGGACGACAAGAUGUAUUUUCUAAAAGCAGAUAAGAAACAUUUUCAAUGCUCCGCUGAUGAGGUGGUUGCAACGGCGGAGAAUGAGAAGGAGUUAAAAGUCUCUUGGAAGGCGCCAUCUGAACAGUAUCCACUUGACACAGACCCAGCUCCCGUCAAGAAUGGCCCCUGGAUAUAUGAAAUAACCUGUGUAAGCGAUAGUACCUCGAGAGAACUAAAGGCUUCAAUGAACGACUCCCAGACAAAUGGAACCACGCUGGAGUAUACAUUUACUGAACAAAGCAAUGUUGAGCCUGGCACUAAUUACGCAUGUGCAGUUCAGUUGACAAUAAAUGAUUACACUAGUUCUAAAAGUGCAUUUGCAUAUGUUACUACAAUGGAGGUCAAAGCCAACGAUAACACAACGGUGAAUCCUCUUGAUUAUGUCUUUGAAGUGACAUAUUAUGACUUCAGUAUUCACCACCCCGAUUUCACUGGUUCAAGUACUUUCACCGUGUCCCGACCUACCUACGUUGCCAGUCCGUAUGGUGCCUGGUUAGCCAUCUCUGCAACGCCAGAGAGAGAUACAUUCACGCAGUGGUUUAGAGAUCUUAAAAAUCUCAACUAUGCAGUCUCCAGCAGAAUAAUCCUCAGUGAUAUCAAUGCUGUCACAAGCAAAAAACGAUACUGGUCAGACUCGUUUUUUCCUGUGGAUGGUAUCGGAUUUCAAUCAGAGGAGCAAAGAGAUUGUUCCGGUGUUCUGCAUAACUUUGGAUUCACUAGUGCUAUACGCACAAGUUUUACAUUCACUGGGGGUGGUAGGCUGACUGUUGGAGGAGGAGAUGAGUUAUGGGUAUACAUAAAUAGGGUUUUGGUCAUACAGCUAAUCACACCUCAAAGCAGUGGGAUAGUACCUUGUAUGCACGUAGAUCUUAAGGAAGCCAAGUACCAAGGCAGUGGGUCAUUGGUUCCAUCAAAAGGCAUCAUAAUAGGAGGCGAAUGUGUUUCCACAUCUCCACUAGACAACGAGGAAGUCAGGUUACGUCUCCAGAUGGGUGUUACAUACCGGUUGGAUAUAUUUCACGUUGAGAGGUACCGCUGUAAGUCUCAAUUAUUGUUGGAAGUGAGUGGCUUAGACGUAGUGACAGAUCCAUUAGCACCGCCAGGAAGCGACUACAUAUUCAACAUAAAAGAAGAUCUGCAUGUCAAAGGGAUAAUAGGGAACAUUGGUUUAACAGAUAUAUUUUCUUAUGGUCCAACAUAUGAUGUCACCAUUGAGCGAGGAAACGAAGCAAGACAUUUCACAAUAAAAGAUGAUACACUGGCCAAUAGGAACGACGCAGUUGCUCCGCCAGUUCAACCACCAGUUUACACGAACAUAAGCGGAAUCGAGCCAUUCGUUGAAUGCAGUACAGUUCCCGUGAAAGUACCAGAGUUGAACAUAACGACAUCGGAGUUGUUCAACAUUAAGACAAGAGAUGGACUGCUUACUUUAAAGACAAAUGUGGAUUAUGAAGUCGAACAGUUCUAUGUGCUGAUUUUGAAAGUAAAAGACAAGGGAAAGCCUCGUCUAAAUGGACAAAUAGUAAUUUUGAUCCAAGUAGAAGACGUAAACGACAAUUGCCCCAUUCUAAAUACAACACAAUUCUCCGUUGAUGCCAGACCUGCGUUACAAAAGGCAACUAUUCUAACUUUAUCAGCUACUGAUGCCGACAGCAAUGCCAAUGGUGAAAUCAUUUACAAAGUAUCUGAUCCACAAGUAAAUCCACCCCUUAACUACAGUACCGACGAUGACCUCUACAGAGUUAUCUAUAACAGAACAUCCACAAUCUUCUACACAUUGGUGGCAGUAGAUAAAGGGGAUCCUACAAGAGGAGCAACUGCCACACUCACAAUUGACAUCAGUACUACAUGUGUCUGGGCAGUCAACUAUCACCCAACCUCGUUUCAGAUUGUCGUGAACGAAACCAAUGGUGAUGUUUUCUUUCGCAUCCCGGGAUACUGGAUUUAUAACUAUGCUUGCAUGGACGAACUUGGUAUGCGUAUUGCUGUUAUACAAGAUAAGCAACUGUCGGCCUCUACACAAGGCGAGCAAAGCGGUCCAGAGCGAGCAAGACUAAACAUGACUAGGGAAUUAUGGGGUACAAAGUACCUUACUGGUGGAUGGGUGCCGUCUAUUCAUGACGAUCAGCAAUGGAUACAAGUGGACAUGGAGGAAUUAUAUGUAGUAAAACAGAUUCUUGUCCAAGGACGUGACGUGGUCCCGCAUUGGGUUGAGAAAUUUCGAAUUUUCUACAAUUUGGAUCCUAUGACGAGUUGGAUACUUUACCAAGAUGCUGCUAACAGAAAUAUUUUUGACGGGAAUUCCGACAACUUAAACACAGUGACAGUCGACCUUGACCCCUCGUUAAUGUUUAUAUCAAUGAGGCUCAACCCUACUCAAUGGAAGGACAAGAUAGCCCUUCGUUUCGAACUGAUUGGGUGUAUGGAAAGAAGAAAGUUAUUUCACGAAGUUUCGUGUGAGAGAUGUUUAACAUCGUGGUCAUGUCCGGGAGAUGGCACUAUGGAGACGUGUGCACGCUGUGAGGGAGACGCAGACUGUAACAAAUCCCCCACAGAGCACUCUUUCGGUGCAGCUGAGACUUGUUCUCCUUGUCCACUAGGAUGGAUCUGCCAUGAUGGGUAUGCGUCUCCAUGUGGGAAUUUUACGUACAGUGACUGUAACUCCACCUAUUGUCCACAAUCUUGCAUACCUUGCCCCGAGGGUCAUGCGUGUAACGCUGGACAGAAGUACGAGUGUCCCCCAGGGACAUUUUGCUCUGGAGAUGCUGAAUAUUGCUUCAUGUGCAGUUCCGGAACAUACCAGCCAGAAGCGGGAAAGACGUCAUGUAUACCAUGUCCUAAAGGGUUUUCCAGCAGCCAAGGAAAAGACCAUUGUAGCCCGUGUAGUGUUGGAACAUAUUCAAAAGGUGAUGGCAGUGAUUGUAUGAUGUGCCCUGACGCGAGCACGUGCCCAUGUGAGACUGUCCCUGGUCCAUGUUUCACACAGUCAAGCUGUCUAAACAUAGAGGGCGGGGUAUAUGUUUGUGAUGAUUGCCCCGUUGGUUAUGAGGGCGAUGGGAAAACAUGCUCAGACAUUGAUGAAUGCACAAUUCACAAGCCGUGCUAUGAUGGUCGCUGCAGAAAUAUGGAACCUGGCUACCAAUGUUUGGAAUGUCCACCAGGUUACACGGGAACAUAUGAAGAUGCGCACACUUGGAACAUUUCUAGGCGCGUGUUUGUUUAUGGCAACAAAGAGCUGGCACCUGUACAGAAUCAAACAUGUGUUGAUGUGAACGAAUGCUUGACAGACAAUGGGAGAUGUGAUCCUAAUGCAGAAUGCAUUAACACAAUCGGGAGCUUCAUAUGCGGCCAUUGUAAUAAAGGAUUCGUUGGAAGCUCAAAGUAUGGAUGUUUCCCUGAUGAUUUCUGCAAGUCUGGGAACAAUGAUUGUCACCAAGAUGCUAUAUGUAGAUUUGUAGCCCCUGGACAGUUCAGUUGUCAGUGUGAAGUUGGUCACGCCGGGAGUGGCACUCGUUGUGGUCAUGACCCGGAUGUAGAUGGACAUCCUGAAGAUUCGAUUGUUUGCGACACGUGGGGCUGUCGUAGGGAUAACUGCCCAGAUGUUCCUAACAGUGGCCAAGAAGACAACGAUGGUGAUUCAUUGGGCAAUUUCUGUGAUGAUGAUGACGACAAUGAUGGUUUGCCCGAUGAUCUGGACAACUGUCAAUUUGUGAAAAACCGAGACCAGCGAGAUGGAGACGGGGAUGGUGUUGGGGAUGCCUGUGACAAUUGCCCCAACGUGCCUAAUUCAAAUCAAUUGGAUAGCAACGGGGAUGGUGUGGGGGAUGCGUGUAAUGACGACAAUGAUGGCGACGGUGUCAAAAACAAAGUCGACAAUUGUCCUAAAGUUGCAAAUACUGACCAGAAAAAUGUAUUGGACUCCGACAAUGUUGGGGACGUUUGUGAUAACUGUCCACAUGUUAACAACAAUGACCAGCGUGACAGCAAUGAGAAUGGUUUUGGUGAUGCAUGUGACCCCGUUAAUGGAAACAAUAACGAUAGGGAUGGUGACGGCGUAAUAAACACGAUGGAUAAUUGUCCUGACUUUCAAAAUGGAGAGCAAAAAGAUACUGAUUUGGACGGCUAUGGUGAUGGAUGCGACGAUGAUAUAGACGGAGACCAAGUUCCCAACGAGAUUGACAACUGCCAGUAUGUUCCCAACACAGAUCAAGAGGACACAAAUGGUAAUAACAUAGGAGAUAUUUGCGAAGAGGAUACAGAUGGUGAUGGUGUUAAAAACAGAUGGGACGUUUGCCCUCAUAACAAAUUCAUAACCAAGUCCAGUCUGAGUCCUCAUUUUGUUGUGAAUCUAAAUCCAACAGUGACAAAGGGAAAUGAUCCUGUCUGGGAGGUGACUCACGGUGGUGCAGAAGUAAGACAGAUGAAUAGUGAAGUGAAACAAGUUCCUUACUUGUUUAUUGGUGGUCAAUCGUAUGGUGAAAUGGAAUACAGUGGGACUCUGUUCGUCAAUUCUGAUGAAAGUGGGGAUUAUAUUGGUUUUGUAUUUGGUUACCAAAGCAACAGAAAGUUUUAUCUGGUCCUAUGGAGACGAGAAAAUCGAAAUUUUGAACAAUACAAUGCAGGCGUCAGAGGAAUUCAAAUCAAGCGGAUCGAUUCAUCUGUAGGUCCGGGAACAGGACUUUCAAAUGCCAUUUGGCACAGCGAUUCAACAUCGGGACAAAGUGAGUUACUGUGGCAUCUACCAGAUAUGACCAGCUGGGAAUACAGGACAGCAUAUAGAUGGCGCAUCACGCAUAGACCUAGCAAUGGCCUGAUACGUCUCCAGGUAUAUGACAAGAACAGUUCAAUAGUAGAUUCUGGCAACCUUUAUGACGCCCAGUUAGGAGGUGGUAGGGUUGGAAUAUUUAUGUUCAACCAAAUGAGAACAUCUUGGUCUGACCUAGUUGUCAGAUGUUUAGUAAGAAAUGAUACUGCUUUGCGAUUGGAUGGUGUGAGUGACUUUGUUGUGCUGGGAAACGUUACUCGACUCGGAAUGGAGAAAAGUUUCACGUGGGAAGCCUGGAUAAAACAAAAUGGACAGGUCGGGAGACAUCCUAUAUUAUGUACAGUGGACACCACCCUAUGUGUCUUCGUUGAGGACGGGUACAUUCGGGCAAAGGUCGGAGCGAUUACGGUGAGAAGUCAGCCGCAAAUAGUUGUUGGACAGUGGACGCAUUUUACAAUGAGAUAUGAUGCUCAGCUCUUUGAAUUGACAUUAUUCAUGAACGAUGAUGGAGGGGGAAAGCUGCCCAAUGUCCAUCCGAUUGCAUGGAAUCGGAAUGGAACAUUCUAUGACUACAACCAGACUACUCUGCUCUUAGGACGUGAUGCGACUGAUUACUUUGCAGGCGAUAUAGACGAGGUGCGAAUGUAUGGAAUUGUAUUAACCGACAAAAAGGUGAAAGAGAACAUGGCGGAUCCUGGUCUGAACUGGCCUAAGCACCAACGCUAUGUUAAUUGCCAUUAUGAUAUGACUGAAAAUCAUCUCAAUUCAAUUGAAUUACUUAACAAAGGGGUAAUACCUGUAGCCGGAGUUAUCAACGGAAGUCCAGAAUUUGUUGAGAGCGACUUCCAUUCAAAAAGGUACAGCUAUAACUUCCCAAACAAUUUCUGAAGUUGAAAGGCAUACACAGUAUCAGCUAUAAGAAGACAAUCAUGCUGACAUUUGUACAAAAUAAAAAAUACUGUAUAUAAAUAUGUGACUAACUUGAACAUUUCACAAUUCUAUGUUCCACACAUACUAGUACUAGGCUUAUAUAAACAUGUAUAUAUUAUCAAUUUUUGUACAUUUUCACUUUCACUUUGUACAUUGUG